AUAAUAAUAAUAAUAAUAAUACUAGAACUGCAGUAUAAAAACUUCAGGAAAAGAUGAGCAGGGUUAAAGAAAUGCUGAAAGUAUUUGGGGAAGAGGCUAUUAACCACACAACUGAUGAAAGCACACAUGAUGUUAAAGAGGCAACUGAAACCAGCUCUUCACUGGACAAAGACAACAGCAGACCUUUACAUUCUUCCAAAGAGGUUAAAACAUAUGAUGAGAGCCAUAAAGAGAAAAAGAAAGAAAAAAGACAUACAUCCAGUUUCCUGGCUAUCCCGAAACCUUGGAGCAAAAGAGAGAGAAGUCCCGAUGGCAAUCGCCCUAACAUGUCAAAGCUGAAUCUGGUUCUGUGCGGGAAUGACGAGAAAAUCAAAUCCUUCAUAUCAGACCUGAUUCUGCCGAAAACAGACAGAAGAUCAAAGUGUUUUAGGAAAGAUGUGGAUCUUCAUGGUCGUCUGAUCAGUCUGGUGAAGCUUCCAGCUCUGUUCAACGUUCGGCUCACAAAGGAGGAAGUGAUGCGUCAGACUCUCCGCUGUGUGUCUCUCUGUGAUCCUGGAGUUCAUGUUUUCCUCUUCAUUGUUCCUGAUGCUCCACUAACUGAUAAAGACAAAGCAGAAAUAGAGAAGAUCCAGAAGAUAUUUGACUCCAGAGACCAUUUCAUGCUGCUCUUCACCUCAAACCUUUACGUUGGAGACUUAGAUUUAGUCAAAUCCAGGUUAGAAACUCUGAGAUUAAUCAGACUACGUGGUGAUCAGAACUGCAUGGAGUUUAAUGAAUCUGAAAACUCAAGACAGAUCCCAGAACUACUGGAUUAUAUAGAGAAGAUGAAGACUAAACCAUAUUCACUUCAGAUGUAUGUGAAAGCUCAAGAAAACAGAGCCAGACGUGAAGCAGAGGAGAAAUAUAAACAAGAACUGAAGAGAAUGGAGAAGAAAAUUAAAGAAUUAAACCAGAAAACACCAUCACAGGAUCAAUCAGAUGAUUCAGAGUGUUUGAGGAUUGUGCUGAUUGGGAGAACAGGAAGUGGAAAGAGUGCAACAGGAAACACUAUUCUGGGAAGAAAUGAGUUUGUGAGUCAGUCAAGCUCAGAUUCAGUGACGACUGUGUGUCAGAAGGGAGUUGGUGAAGUUGAUGGUCGAUCAGUCGCUGUUGUUGAUACUCCAGGACUCUUUGACACGACACUGACAAAUGAAAAACUGGUGGCAGAAAUAAUGAAAUGUGUUUCACUGUCGUCACCUGGACCUCAUGUGUUCAUCAUUGUGUUGACUGUGGGAAGAUUCACAAAGGAAGAAACAGACACUGUUGAUCUGAUAAAGAAGAUCUUUGGUCCAAAAUCUGCUCAGUUCAGCAUCGUCCUGUUCAGUAGAGGAGACGAACUUGAGGGUAAAACUAUAGAAGAUUAUGUGAAGAGCAGUAACUCUGCAGAACUGAAGAAACUGAUCAGAGAUUGUGGAAACAGAUUCCUGGCUUUCAAUAACAGAGAAAAACAAGACAAAAAAACUCAAGUAACUCGACUGUUGAACAUGAUAGAAGAAGUGAAAAACACCAAUGAGGGUCGAUACUUCACUAACAGCAUGUUUGAGGAGGCAGAGAUGUCCAUUAAAAAGAGAUUUGAGGAAAUACUAAAAGAGAAAGAGAGAGAAAUGGAGACUCAGAGAGAAGAGUUUCAAAUCAAAUAUGAAUCGGAAAUGAAAAACAUGAUGAAGGGACUUGAGGAAGAGAAACACAGAGCAGACGAGGAGAGAAUUAAAAUGCAGAAUCAACUGAGAGAAAAAGAGGAAAAACUCAGAAAAGAUUUUGAAGAAAGAGAGAAAUCAGAACAGAAAAUUCGAGAGAUUGAAAACCAGAAACAAUCAGAAGAGGAAAAACAGCGAAGAGCCGAAUAUCAUCGAAAAAUAGAAGAGAUGAAGAGAGAGAUUGAAAAUCAGAGAUUAGAGUAUGAAAAACAGCUAAAAGAAAAAGAAGAAGAAGAUAGAAAGAGAGAAGAGAAAUACAAGCAAGAACAAGAAAAGAUGAAGAAUGAACAAAAACGCAUUUUAGCAGAAUUACAGAUGAAACAAGAAGAAGAAAUAAAGAAGAGAGAAUCUGAGGAGAAAAUGAGGAAUAAAGAUGAAGAAGAGGAGAGACAGAGAUGGAAAAGAAGAAUAAAAGAGGCUGAAAAUGACAGAAAAGAUAUUCAAGAGGAUAUUAAACGACAGCAGAGAGAAUGGGAGGAUAAAAUGAAACAACAGAUGAGAGAACGAGAGGAAGAAGAAAGAAAGAGGAAGGAGAGACAUGAAGAACAACUCAGAGAAAAACGAGAAGAACUGGAGAAAAUGAUAAAGAUGUUUAAAAGAGAGACAGAAGUAGAAAGACAGAAGAUAGAAGAGGAGAGACAGAAACAGAGAAGAGAAAGAGAAGAAAAAGAGAGAAAAUAUGAGGAAAAGAAACAUGAAAUGAAAAAGAACAAUGAACGACUGGAACGAGAGAGAAAAGAGGAGUGGGAGAGAAGAAAACAAGCGGAUGAUGAGAGACGAGAAGAAGAGAGAAAGAGAUGGGAGAAAAUGAUUGAAGAUCUGAAACAAGAGCAAGAAAAAGAGAAAAGAAGAAGAGAAACAGAGGAGAAAAACAGACAAGAAAGAGAAGAGAAGGAGAGAGAUGAAAUGAAACGGCAACAUGAAGAGGAAAUAAAAGACAUGAAGAAGAAACAUGAAGAUGAAGCCAGAAAACAAGCAGAAGAACUGAAUGAUUUCAGAGAAAGAAAAGAUGAACUCAAAGAGAAGCUGGAAGAAAAUCAGAUAAAACAUGAGCUACUGGAAAAACUCUAUAAACACCUGCAAGAAGAGAAAGAAAAAGAAAAAAGAGAACUAAAAAUCAAGAAAGAAAUAGAAAGACAUGAGCUGCUACAAGAAAUUGAGAAACUGAAAAAGAAAAGUUGUGUUGUUAUGUGAUAAUUUUUAAAAGCAAAAAAUUGAUAUAUAGUACAAAUUAAUUUCAAUUUUAAACAACAUAUUACAAGCUUAAAAUAUAUAUAUUUGUAUGUAAUUUGAUUAAAUUGGUCUUGCAUUUUGGGAAGGGAUGGACUCAGCUAACGUUGAUAGAUUUUUUGUUCAAUGGAGUACAGAAAAGAUGAAAUUAUUCUCUUCAGGUGCUUCGUUUAUAUCUUUAUAUUCUGUUU